GAAGACAAAUAGCAAAAAACAGAAACAUGAAGAAGAGAAAUCUGCGCCUGUUAGAGGUCUCAUUCUCUUUCUCUUGCUCAUUCUCUCUCUUAAUUUUUUCUCUCUCAUUACUUCAAUCAACAAAAACCCAACCAGAGCCAGAGCUAGAGCCAGAGCUAGAGCACAGGGGAGAAGGUCCUUCUUUCCUUUCUUCCUAGAUCACCUCUCUGCUAUUUUCAUUGCUCCAAAAACAUAUCCAGGCAGAGGGUUUUUCAUGAUUUCUUGCUGAGGCUUAGUACUUGAUUCAUAUCUUUGAAAGCCAGCACUAUAAAAAAUUCCCCAAUGCUAAAUUUAGGCAGGACCAGAACUCAACCAAGGUCGGGUAGAUCCUUGUCUCUUGGAGGCAUGGAUUAUGCAGAUCCAAAGAAGAAGAACAAUGUUGUAGGAAAGAUUCUUAUGAUUGCCACUGUUGCAGCAUUAUGUUUUGUCAUGCUCAAGCAAUCCCCAUCUUUUAAUACCCCUACUGUGUUUUCACGUCAUGAAGAAGGUGUAACUCAUGUCCUGGUAACAGGGGGGGCAGGCUAUAUUGGUUCACAUGCUACAUUGAGACUUCUGAAGGACAAAUACCGUGUAACUAUUGUGGAUAACCUUUCACGGGGAAACCUGGGUGCUGUUAAGGUUCUCCAAGACUUAUUUCCUGAACCUGGGAGGCUUCAGUUUAUCUAUGCUGACUUGGGGGAUGCAAAAGCUGUAAAUAAAAUAUUUUCAGAGAAUGCAUUUGAUGCCGUUAUGCAUUUUGCUGCCGUAGCUUAUGUUGGGGAAAGCACCCUUGAUCCCCUCAAGUAUUAUCACAACAUUACAUCAAAUACCUUGAUUGUCCUAGAAACAAUGGUAGCGCAUGGUGUAAAGACGUUGAUAUACUCCAGUACAUGUGCAACAUAUGGGGAACCUGAGAAGAUGCCAAUCACUGAAGAAACUAAACAGUUUCCAAUUAAUCCAUAUGGAAAAGCUAAGAAGAUGGCAGAAGAUAUUAUCCUGGAUUUCUCUAAAAAUUCUAACAUGGCAGUCAUGAUUCUAAGAUACUUCAAUGUGAUUGGUUCAGAUCCCGGUGGUAGAUUAGGGGAGGCUCCCAGACCUGAGCUGCGUGAGCAUGGACGUAUCUCAGGUGCUUGUUUUGAUGCAGCUCGUGGUAUCAUUCCUGGGCUUAAGGUUAAAGGGACAGACUAUAGCACCCCUGAUGGAACUUGUGUACGUGAUUACAUUGAUGUCACUGACCUGGUUGAUGCUCAUGUGAAAGCUCUUGAGAAGGCUAAACCUAGUAAAGUUGGAAUCUACAAUGUUGGCACAGGAAAAGGUAGAUCAGUAAAAGAGUUUGUGGAAGCUUGUAAGAAGGCAACUGGGGUGAAUAUCAAAGUUGAUUUUCUUGACCGCCGGCCUGGUGACUAUGCUGAAGUGUACAGCGACCCAUCUAAGAUAAAAAACGAGCUCAACUGGACAGCGAAACACACUGAUCUUCAUGAGAGUUUGAAGACAGCAUGGAGAUGGCAGAAGUCUCAUCGCAACGGUUAUGGAGUCCCGUUGUUGACGUCUUCUUGAAAAUGGUAACAAGAAUUCAUAUUAGGAUGAUCAACACAGAGAUGAUGGACUCUAGAUAUCACAAGCUGCUGACUUGAGGCACCAUUCUUUAGUUGGGAUAGAAAGGAGAGGAGAGGAGAGGAGAGGAGAGGAGAGGGGGUUGAAGUUAGUUAAAGAUUACAUUUUUCCUCAUUUUUAUAUAAAGUUAUUAUUAUGAAAUAGUUGUAGAGAGCAGCAGCCAGUAUGGUCUUAAAAAAGGAGGAGCCAGCUCAUUUGUUACAUGUAUUUGAACAGACUUAAAUAGUUCAAUAAUGAUCAUCAGCUGCAGUUAUACCA